GUGAAAGUGAAGGCGGAGACAAACCCUGUGCCGAAAACUCAGCCUCUUCUGGAUCACGUUCAACUCUGCUGAACAACCCCAAAAAACCGAUCCAAAAAAACGUAAGAGUCGAAGAGGAAGGAAGACAAGAAAAAAGAGAAAAGGCGCGAGGUGCUCCCAACUUCUUUUCACCGAUAUCUGCCAAGAAUUGUCUUCCGGUGUUGACUUUUUUCCCCCCUUUUUUGCGAGCUCCGCAAGAGAGAAAAAAGCACAAAGUUGAACGUGAGAAAUGUGAAGCUACCGGCUUGAGUGUUUCAACCAGACUCCAGGAUUUCCCUAUUAAUCAAUGCAGUACAGUGCAAUGCGGAGCUGACAAUCUUUGGAUCGCAAACAUUCACGGAUGCCCUUUGGAUAAUAAUAAUCCCUUUUUGGCUUUUACGCGGAUAGCUGCUCCACACUCUCUUACAUCGGUCCAGGAAUGGCGCGAUAAAGUGAUCAGAGGAAUCAUUCCAAGCGCAGUCACUUUGUGUGUAGCCGUCUCACCAUGUACUCUCCAAUUUGUCUUACUCAGGAUGAAUUUCAUCCCUUCAUUGAGGCACUUCUCCCUCACGUCCGUGCCAUUGCCUACACGUGGUUCAACCUCCAGGCCAGAAAACGCAAGUACUUCAAAAAGCACGAGAAGCGGAUGUCCAAGGACGAGGAGCGCGCGGUGAAGGACGAGCUUCUGAGCGAGAAGCCCGAGGUGAAGCAGAAGUGGGCGUCCAGGCUGCUGGCCAAGCUGCGUAAGGACAUUCGGCAGGAGUACCGGGAGGACUUUGUCCUCAGUGUGACAGGCAAGAAGCACGCGUGCUGUGUGCUGUCCAACCCGGACCAGAAGGGCAAGAUGCGCCGGAUUGACUGUUUGCGGCAGGCCGAUAAAGUUUGGCGCCUGGACCUGGUGAUGGUCAUCCUCUUCAAAGGCAUCCCUCUGGAAAGUACAGAUGGCGAGCGCCUCGUCAAGUCUCCACAUUGCACCAACCCAGCACUUUGUGUCCAGCCUCACCACAUAACAGUAUCGGUCAAGGAGCUGGACUUGUUUCUAGCGUACUAUGUCCAGGACGACUCACAGCAGUCAGGAAGUCCCAGUAACAAUGAGCCAGGCAAGAACCCUCUUCCAGUCUACUUGGAAGACAGCUUCAUCAAAUCAGGAGUCUUCAGUGUUUCAGAACUGGUGCGAGUGUCCAGAACGCCCAUCACCCAUGGUGCAGCGGUAAACUUCUCCAUGGCUGACAUGCCCAGCCAACCCUACUACCAUGACCUGAACUCCAGCGUGGGGCUGCAUCGCUCGCUGUCCUCCCCUCCCGGCAGCAAAAGGCCCAAAACUGUCAACAUGGAGGAGAACAUGGACACGAGCCCAACAGGACCUGACUUCUACUCAUCACCCAGCUCACCCGCCAGCAGUCGGGCAAACUGGCACGACAGAGACGGAGCAGACAUGUCCUCUCCCACCAUGAAGAAGCCAGACAAGCCGCUGUUCAGCCCCACUUCUCCGCAGGACUCCUCACCACGACUCAGCACUUUCUCUCAGCCUCAUCACCCAGGCCUAACAGGUGUAGGACACAGUGUUAUAUCGACGAGGAGCCCCCCUCCACACUCGCCCCUGCAGUUCUCGGCUUCGGCUAUCUUGCCCCCGGCACCGUCGCCCUACUUUUCGCACACCACCAUCCGCUACCCGCCCCACCUCAACCCUGCUGAUCCCCUCAAGAGCUACGUGCCGUCAUACGACCCGUCCAGCCCGCAGAGCAGCCAGCCUAACAGCAGUGGUCAGGUGGUAGGAAAGGUUCCAGGCCACUUCACGCCAGUCUUGGCUCCCUCCCCACAUCACAGCGCUGUGCGACCCGUCUCGCUCUCCAUGCCCGACACCAAGCCAAUCACCACAUCCACAGAAGGCUACUCAGCCCCUGGCACCCCGACGGCUAAUCGUUUUGUAGGCCUGAGCCCCAGAGAUCCCACCUUCCUCCACCAGCAACAGCUGAGGAAGUGUGACUGGAGCGUGACUCAAAACGGCAGACAUUAUGGCCCCAGUGCCACUGACGACACUUUGGGGAUUGCUUGGCAAAGUCCUGGUACCUGGGCGAGCUUAGUUCCAUUCCAAGUGUCGAACGGGACUCCGAUUCUGCCAACAAAUGUCCACCAGAACUACAGCAUAAACAUCAUUGGUGAGCCCCUGGUCCCCGCCGAGACAGGGAACUGAACACGCGGAGGCCGGACGACCCGGGUGUUUUGGCGGUGCUGAGAUGGCGCCACAGGAGUCCGCAGUGGCCGCGGGAGAAACCAGCAGCAGCAGCAUGAGCUGCACACGUUUGACCCCAGAUCUCACCCCUUCCCUUCUUCAACCCCGAUCCCGUCACCGAUUCCUCUCCCUCCUCCAUGAUGGACCCUGUCCACGAAGUGAAGACGAAGGUCGGUUGGUUCAGAGGACAGAAAUGUAGGGAGAAAAAAAAAAACGCCCAGACCAUCCCACACACCUGCCACCACCCAUCACCCACCAGUCAGUUGUUGUGUUUGCAGAACUUUUCAGUUCCUUCAAAUACUGUGAUGUAUAGAUGCCUUAACAUUUGAUUGCAUGACACUCUAGUCUCUUAGCGGCGAUUCCUGCUCUUUUUUUUUCACGCGCGGGGCGUAUGACGAUGUAAAAUCACACACACACAUACAUAAGUGAAUCGGUCUGUGUUAAAAACAACCUCUGCCUGGUGGAUGCUCUGAGACUCUAAGCUCUUUAAAUUCAAACCUCUUAAAAAGAGGCUUUUUCCCCACUGUGUGCACCAUAGGAACAAAACAAAACAAAACAAAAAAAAUUGUGAAUUCAGAGUGUUUUAUUCUUCCGUUUUUUUUUUUUUAUGAGUUCAGUUUACUGUGACAUGACUCUUUGUUCAGAAAAAAAAAAAAAAAUGUGUUGACUUUGUUUAUUCUGUGUCGCUACUUACUUCCAAGAAUUUAUGUGAACACUUACAGCGAGAGUUGAAAACUCUUAGUGCGGUUUUUCAAGAGAACACUAAAUUGAGAUUGGACCCCUCGUUAAAGAAUUUGCAUCUCCUUUACAAAAGGACUCAAAAAAGAGAGAGAGAGAGAAAGAGAGACAGAGAAUAUCUCCAUAGAGGCAAGUGCAAUUGAAUUUUUGAAGGGAAGCUAUCAGUCUGUCGGCCCUUAGACUCUAAAGGAAGGGGGAUAAAUAUAAAAUGGUUUUUAUGGGUAUAAUGUUUUAGAAAACAUCUUGAAUUUGAUUUCAGUCACAUGACCGUCUCCUCAUGAGAAAAAAAAAAAAAGAAGAAGCAUGAAAAACAUUUGAAGGCAAGCACUGAGCUGCAGCGCUGAGCAAACCCAGCACUUCUUUUAGAGGUUUUUUUUUUAAUUUAUUUUAUGGGGGAAAAUAAUAAAUGAACAUAAGUAAUUAAACGCACCUAGUGUGUAAAAAAAAAGAAAAGAAAAUGCCAUUUCUAUAUUAUUUUUUAAAGUGUUCAUGAUAAGAUCAAGAGCAUAUGCAUUUGGCCAUCAGCUUCUAAAGCUUAUGUUUACAGGGGGGGAGGGGGGGUGAAAAAUGGAAAUGCAAAGUGUUAAUUCAUGGUAAAUGUACAUUCGGCUUAAAGCUGCAGCUUGUGCAAGUUAACUCUGCAGUGGAAGAGGUUGAAAAUCUUUUUGAACCCAAGUGGUGGCAGAUCCCUGAAAUCUAGAAUUGUGCACGGCAUUGCCUCUCCAGUCCAGACAUAUUUAUAUAUAAGGAAAAAAAAAACAAUUUCUCAAGUUAAUUUGCACGAUGACAUAUAGUCCACAUUACGUGCCUUGCCUUUGAAUAUAGAGACGUCACUACACUUGUUUUUUGCUGCAUUUAUCAUUAUAGAGAGAGAGAGAGAGAGAAAAAAAAGAAUUAACAUUUUUAUGAAUAAGAAUUGUUUUGUACUCUGAAUGAAAACUGUUGAUUUUUAACUUCAUGUACUACUCUAUCUCACAGUUACAUACGCAUAUCAAGGCUGUGUAUAGUUGCCGUUUGAAAGUUUGUAAUCAACCAGCAUUUUUUUCUUCCUUCAGUAUUUUUUGGUGGUUUUUCAAAUAACCUGUCAUCUUUUUUUUUUUGUUGUUGUUUUCCUUACUUUCAAUGCUCAUUUUGUUCAUCUUCCAGUUACUAUUGUGGAGGGUGGAAAUUUCAGAAUUAUGAAAAUUAUGCAAUACCAAGUUUUGCCUAUGUAGGUAUAGUGCUUAUAUAGAUGCGUCAAUUAUUAGAGGCUAGUUUGGAAAUAGACAAUAUUGUAAUGCAUUUAUUUUGUUGAUAUCGUCGUUGUUGUUGUUGUUGUUGUUGUUGUUGUUGUUGAUGAUGUUGUUGUUGUUGUUGUGGGUGUUCUACUUUUUUUAUUGACCAAAGUGGGGACUGCUUUCUAUGCAGUGUAUGACAAGGUCUUUAUUUCUCCUUCUUCUCCCUCUUUUUGUUCACAUAUGCUGUGUUUCCAUCAUGGUACGGUUCAGUUUGGUACAGUGCUGUACGGUUCGGGGAUGGAGAUGUCGAUGGGAUGUGGGCUGUGGGCCCCGAUGGCAACUUAGGCUGAAGGUCCUUUGCACUUCAUUGUUUUUCUGCAGGAUGAAGUGCAACAGACCUUCAGUCAAAGUGGGAGACAAAGACCAUCUUUGGUUGCACAUCACACAAGACACAGUAGGGCUGCAAAUAAUGGCUGUUUUGAAUGCCGACAUUGAUUAUUGAAACGAUUAGUCACACAAUUGCUGAAUGGCUGUUAAAUUUGUUGCCGACUAAUCGUCGAUCAGCAACAUCAAGAACAAUGGAGGACAUCCAGCAGCUGUCUUUUUCCGUUGUGGCUGUUUGUCUCAACAAGACGUCAGGCUCUGGAUGAGAAUACGUACCGCACUGUACCAAACCCAACCAUUCCACUCGGAGGAAACAUGGCUUUACAGGCCCACCGAGUGAGACGUUUCCCAGAGUAUUUCGAAUUCGGAAAUUUGGGGGGGGGGUUUUCUCUAUAGCUGUGGUCUUUCUUCAUCUGCAAAGUCACUGAUUGGUCGACUGUGACUCUCACUUCCAACUUCCCACUUGGGGUGCUAGCGUGUGACCUCGAAGGAGCUCUUGACCUCGAGAGACAGCUUGACUUGAGUGCGACAAUCAUUUGAACAAAUCAUUUUUGCCUAGAAAGUAACCCUGUGUCAGAUCCCUCGGAGCCUCAGCUGUGUACGGACAACACGUCACGCACUUGUCUCAAACCCUACGCCUAUCUGCGCGCUAUUCUUGACGUCAUCGAAUGCAAUCCCCAAGUAGAUGCCUUAAACACAUCAGUGAAGUGGCCUGUAACCUGCGCAACAAUCACACACCGACUAAUGCUCGUGAGCCCUGUCCAAAUCAGCUCCAGACAGGCUCAAGCAAGCCUUUAGAAAGUAUUUUAUAAGUAGCAGAUUUGUACAAAUGUAUAUAUGACUACACCUGAGAUACUUCCCUCCCAGCAGAGCGCCCCCCCUAGAGUAUGCUGAAGUAAAUAUUAGACCAUGAGAAACAUGGUGUUUUCUCGCUUCAUCGUCUAAAUAGAAGAAAAAAAUAUAUAGCACUUAAAUAGCACAUAGGCAAUCGUCUUUGUCCCCCACUCUAGUCUCAAAUUAAACCUCUCAGGCGUAUCACAGGGCAUUAUUUAUAUCCGACGUAGCAUUUUUAAUGUUUAAAAAAAAGAAGAAGAAAAAAAGACGAGAGAGAAGAGCAGCGACUCCGGUGCUGCUACAACACCUUUUGCACUCUUUCCCCCACAAUCAAGAAAGAAAUGUUCCCUGCAAGCAGAGGGCCUGUUUUUGAAAAGCAAAAAUUAUCCUCAAGUCAAGCUCAAUCUCUCCGUCUUCAUCUAGCACUCUUAUUCAGGAACAAAAUUUUAAGAAAGGAAAAAGUCACCCCGUUCUAUGUGCACUGUUCUGUCUUUUAUUUUUUGUUUUAUUCUUUUAAAAGAAAAACUAUAAUGCUUUGCAGCCUUUGGCCAUUGGAAACCCCACUGAAGUGCAUUGUCCCCAGUUGUGUGUGUGUGUGUGUGUGUGUGUGAGAGAGAUAGAGGUAGUGUCAGGGUCACUGUGCUGUAGGUGUUUGAAUAGAGGAGACUGCACUUAAAGGUAAAUAUCCUGAUUGUGAAUUCUGCAUUGGCAGCCGGAGCGUUUGUGUGUGAAUGUGUGUGUGUGUGUGUAUCGAGUGCCUCUGAUGCGACACAACAAGACAAGAUGAGGGUCUUUCUAGUCAAAAAAAAGGAAAAAAAGCCUGCCGUAAGACAGGAGUUUGUACACUGUAAACAUGGUCGAGAUUUCCGUCUCUGAGGCCCUUAUUUGUAAUAAAUCUUCAAUUCUGGGGGAAAAUGAGUCAGUUCCAUUUUAGGAAAAAAAGAAAUGUAACUUUAGUUGAUUAGAUUUGGAAGCUGGGUUUUAGUUAGAAGUCUCCAGGUGUCCCCAUUUAGUAGAAUCUAAAGUUGCUGUGUUCCUGUUUGUAACGUCAAGAUAAAUUAGGGAGGUGUUCUAUACAGAUCUUUAAAUAUAAACACAACAACAAUGAAGUUUUUUUUAUUGUACUUCAUAAGUAUUUGAAUUGUUGUGUGGCCAUUGUGAGUGUGAUGUGAUUUAUCUCUCUUUUUUUCUUGUUUUUUUUUUUCUUUUUAAAUCAAGGGUAUGGGUAAUUCUUGUCCAACAAGAUGGUGGCGUGAGUGUGUUAGUCCUUGCAGUAGCUGGGAGGUGAUGUCACCGAACCAGGACGAGAAGGCCCCACUUUGCAUGUGACCUUAAGCGUGAAGCAGGGUAAAAAUCUGCAGUGGUAAAUCUAUCAGAUAGUUUUUUAAAUUUUUAAUUAUUAUUAUUAUUAUUGUUAUUAUUAUUUUUCUUUACAGAGGAAGUGUUUUGCGAGAAGACCGGUGCUACAUUUCACCAUUUUUCUGAUCCAGCUGUCUGAAAAAAACGAUUAGUGAAAGCA